AUGCAACGCGCCACUUGCACUGGGAUUCGCAUCCGGUCGCCCUCAGAUGCUCGCGUCAUUUUCCACGGUGUCGUUCUAGACAUCCUACCUAUGGUCACCCGACGGUUGGACACCGAGGAGAGGAGUCUGAUUUCACCAGGCCAUGUGUAUGUUUGGGAGGAACGGGGACCACACGCUGAACUGACAGGAGUUGGUAUUGAGCGAUGGACAGACGGCAUUCGAUGGGGACCGUCGAGAGUCCGAGAGGGUUUCUUAUUCUACCACGAGAAACAAGCAUCGGGACACUUUUGUUCGGACAGCCUGUACGACCCAGCCACUCCGCGUGUUGUUGGUCCCCUUCUCACUCACCCCCCGUUUACAUUCAGAUCCUCCUCAAGCGAUUAUUCUCGGACAAUUCUGAUAAAGCAAACGUACACCGUAUUCGUGGACACACCACGGGGACAACAGAAAUGGCACCUCAUCGCCUAUUUCACUGAGGAAUCCCUUGAUAGACUGCAAUCUAUUGAAGACAUUCCUGAGUUGGCCUCGUUGCGCGUACCUCAUGGGAAGUACAAAAGUGCGAGAUCUGCCAAGGGCAGGCCAGAUCACAUCUUCAACCCCGAGAAUGAUGAAAACCCGGAAUUCUCGCGUUUGGAGUAUGUCCCGUACGCGCCUAACCUCAGGAGUGCUUCUGACAAUCCAGAGCCACCGGCGACUAACCGACCUUCAACACGGAUCGAUUUGCCAUUGCGGGAUCACAAGGGAUCCACAAAGACCGGCUCCGCAAGUUCUGCCUCCUCAAAUGUCAAACCCAACAGCUUGGCGCCCCUAACUUAUCUAGAAAAUAUCCCUCCACCUCGACGUCAUCCCAUGGAUGAGAAGGCUUUGAUGCUUUUUCAAGCUUAUGGCUUAUGA